UUCCGGUUCGAAAUUAGGGCGGUUACGACUAACGAGCCAUGACAGGGCAAGCUCUGCCCUUUUCCGAAAUUCUGAACCGUUCAAUUCUUCCUUGCCUGAACUCAGCCGUGGCAUCUUUAUCUCAAACCAGCCAGGCUCAUGCUUACGUACUAAAAUCUGGAGUUUGUAUAGAUACCCUUAUUUCUACAAAGCUCAUCUCACAAUAUGCUAAUCGCCAUUGCUUUGCGGAAGCAGAACUUGUCCUUCACUCAAUAUCUGAGCCCUUGGUAUCUUCCUUUUCUGCUCUCAUUUAUGCCCUCAACAAGUAUAAUCUUUUUACCCAAUCGCUCAAUGUGUUCUCUCGAAUGCUCUCUCGUGGUAUUUUGCCGGAUAAUCGCGUGCUUCCGAAUGUUGUCAAGGCUUGCGGUAAAUUAUCGGCCUUCAAAUUGGGAAAAGAAGUUCAUGGCAUUGUUGUAAAAUAUGGGUUUGAUUCAGAUUCAGUUGUUCAAGCUUCUUUGGUGCAUUUGUACUUACAAGGUGAUCGGAUCCAGGAUGCAAAGAAUGUGUUUGAGAGAUUGCCGGAACGGGAUGUGGUUACUUACGGUGCUUUGCUUUCCGCUUAUGCUCGCAAGGGUUGCGUUAAUGAGGCAAAGGAAAUCUUUUAUGGAAUGCAAAGUUUCGGUGUGGGACCCAAUUUAGUGUCUUGGAAUGGUAUGAUUACUGGGUUCAAUCAAAGUGGACAAUACAAUGAAGCGGUUAUCAUGUUUAAGGAAAUGCAUUCCGAAGGGUUUUUGCCUGAUGAUAUUACAAUUUCUAGCGUUUUUUCUGCUGUGGGCGAUUUGGAGAGGUUAAAUAUAGGGAUUCAGGUUCUUUGUUAUGUGAUCAAACUAGGUCUUUUGCAUUGCAAGUUUGUUAUUAGUGCGCUUAUGGAUAUGUUUGGAAAAUGUGCAUGUGCAGGGGAGUUGAUGAAAGCGUUUGAAGAGGUGGAUGAAGAGAUUAUGGAUGCAGGUGCUCUCAAUGCUUUAAUAACUGGACUGUCUCGAAAUGGUCUUGUUGAUGUAGCAUUGAAGACAUUUGAGCGAUUUAGAGUGCAAGGGAGGGAAUUGAAUGUUGUAUCCUGGACAUCAAUAAUUGCUGGAUGCUCACAGAACGGGAAGGAUAUUGAGGCAUUGGAGGCUUUCAGAGAGAUGCAGAGUGCAAGGUUGAAGCCAAACUCUGUAACCAUGCCUUGCUUGCUGCCAGCUUGUGGAAACAUUGCAGCAUUGAUACAUGGUAAGGCGGCUCAUGGCUUUGCAAUUAGAACAGGAAUUGCCAAUGAUGUUCAUGUUGGCAGUGCAUUAGUUGAUAUGUAUGCUAAGUGUGGAAGAAUCCAUUUGUCUCGACUUUGUUUUGAUAGGAUACCGAACAAAAACUCAGUCUGUUGGAAUGCAAUUAUGGGAGGAUAUGCAAUGCAUGGUAAGGCUAAGGAAGCUAUUGAUAUUUUUCAUAUGAUGCAAAGGAGAGGGCAGAAGCCUGAUUUUAUCAGCUUUAGUUGUGUUUUAUCUGCUUGCAGUCAGGGUGGCCUAACAGAAGAAGGUUGGCAUUUUUUCAAUAGUAUGUCUAGAGACCAUAGAGUCAGAGCAAAAAUGGAGCAUUAUUCCUGCAUGGUAAACCUUCUGGGUCGUUCUGGAAAGCUAGAAGAAGCAUAUGCCUUGAUCCAGCAAAUGCCAUUUGAACCAGAUGCCUGUGUUUGGGGAGCUUUGCUUAGUUCUUGUAGGCUUCACAAUAACAUUAGUUUAGGUGAGAUUGCUGCACAGAACCUCUUCGAAUUAGAACCAAGCAAUCCUGGAAAUUACAUCCUUCUUUCCAAUAUAUAUGCGUCUAAGGGCAUGUGGGAUGAAGUAGAUGCCGUGAGAGAUGUCAUGAGGAGUAGGGGCAUGAGGAAGAACCCUGGUUGCAGUUGGAUUGAGAUCAAGAACCAAGUGCACAUGCUUCUUGCAGGAGACAAAUCACAUCCACAAAUGACUGAGAUCAUUGAGAAGCUAUAUAAAUUGAGCAUGGAGAUGAAGAAAGCAGGUUACCUCCCAAAUACUGACUUUGUGUUGCAAGAUGUGGAUGAACAGGACAAGGAGCAGAUCUUGUGUGGGCACAGUGAGAAGUUGGCAGUAGCCUUUGGGCUUCUGAGCACUCCUCCUGGCUCUCCACUCCAAAUAAUAAAAAAUCUCAGAAUCUGUGGUGAUUGUCAUGCUGUUAUAAAAUUUAUAUCUGGCUUUGAAGGGAGAGAAAUAUAUGUCAGAGACACAAAUCGCUUCCAUCAUUUUAAAGAUGGAGUUUGUUCUUGUCAGGAUUAUUGGUGAAUGAUUUUAUGGCUGACUAGGUUUUAGUUGAAAAGACUGAAGCAAACCGACUGACAGUUGCUUCGUAAUUAUCCUACUUAUAAAGCUGGGUAUUGGUUGUAAAUACACGAAAAACCCAGUUGAGUAAAGUAAACUCUCCCUCAGAAGGAAGAUAAGCAUCUUGUCUUGGUUUCCUUUGAAAUUUAACAACAUCAUGAUUGAUUUAUAUUUUAACCAAAAUUGGUGAUACUGUUGCACUGCUUGCAGAUGCUUUGUCUUCCAUUUAGUGCAUGUUGGUGUAGCAGAUUACUACCAUCUUAUCCCUAUUUAAGUAGACCUCAAUUUUCCAUGCUCUUCCUUUGGUGCUCAAAGAAAAGCACUGUUAGGCCUGGAAGGAACUUUCAUGUUGAAGAGACAUUGUUGCAAUUUUGGUUCCCCUCCUGUGCCCUCCCUGGAGCACACACCUAAUUAACUCUGGAGAGUGAUCCUGUUUUUGGAAGAUCGGAAAGUGAUUUUUAAGUUAGCUGUUGAAGUCUCCAUGCAUGCUCUACACUUUAAAUUCUUCACAACAAAGCAUUUUUAACUGAUGCUGAAUUUAAUUUGAUUCUUCACCAAGUAGGAAUGGUUGCCUCUCAAGUACCGGUAUAUAAAUUGGGUCACAGCUUUGUGGAGAGAAUCGAGCAACUGCUGCACAGCACAGCUUGAGACUUGAGAUGCAUUUAAUGUGAUUCAAGCCGAGAAAUGGAUGUUUUUAGUGUAUGCUCCAACUGCUGUCAACCAUGGGACUGAAAAUUCUGUUUUCUCAGAAGCCUCUCUCAUCUCAGAGCCAAGUUUCUCAGCUGCGCCGCUCUGAUUAAUCAACAUUGGUUUGCUCCAAGGAGGCCCAAGCAAGUGUUUUGCACAUCCAAGUUAGCCCCAGUAGCUGUUCUAAACCCUUCUCCAUCACAGCUUGCUUUCUUGGCUUUUUUGGUGUGGAAGUUGGAAAAAAGGGACGAUGAGAAUUCAAGGGAAAAAAGCAAGAAAAAUUUGAUAGAAUAAUGAAAAGUAAAAGACUCAUAAACCGGCAUGGUUGCCUAUGGUGUAUAUCAGCAACAACUCCUACUAUAUGUGUCAAAGACUGUACUUUUCAGGAACCGUUCGAUUUACGUAUAACCUUUGAUCAGAUGGUUACUUCACCCAUUUAAUGGCAUUGAAGUAUCGGCAUGUAUCUUCUCUGUGAGUAUAACAAAAAGUUUGCAAGCCAAGCGAGGCAUUUCACCUCUAUGGACGCCAGCCUGCGAUCAAUCUGGUUAUGCCACGAAUGGGAACAAAUUGCCUUUCUUGAUUUCCAUGUAUUUAAUAUAAUAUUCAAAAGGGCAGAACAGUCCUUCGGGUUCUCGAAACUUACCCAAAUGGUCGCCAGUGUUCUUUUGUGCAUGUAGAGUGAGUGCUGGCAGGCUGCUAUGGCAGCUCACCGCCUGCUCCCGAAGUAGCUGUCUCACCGUCUCUUUAUAUGCCCACAGCUCUUGGGGGUUUGUGUCAUUCUUCCAAUUAAAUUACUUAAGGCUGCAAUUAAUUUUUACUUGAUUUCGGAAAUAGAAUUACAACUUAGGAUCCUUUUGUUUU